CUUUAAGCCCAGUCUAUGCGCCGUUAGCCGGAGUACAACAGGACACGUCCUGUGUAAGCCGCCAGCAAAGGGUCAACGCCUGUGCCUUGACUACGUGAAGKGUAACACUCAUCGGUUGAUAGGCAGCUAUCCCAUCUACCAGGAAUAAAAGACAUGAUUGAGACAAUGGAUACCCAGCGUGCCUUGCAGGCAGUGGAGCGUCUCCAGGCCAAGCUGAAGGACCGGGGGGAGGUCCCCACCGAGGAGAAGCUCAGCCUGCUCAAGUCUGUUCUCCAGAGCCCCCUGUUCCACCAGAUCCUUGCCCUGCAGAAGUCUGUCCAGCUCCUCAAAGACCAGGGUGGUGUCACAUCAACACUUAGCGGUGACCUGAGUGAAUGCUACACAUCAGCCCAGGCCAAUGGUGGCCAUCUUGCCUACCCAGAAGCCUCCACUAGUACACAGGUCAAUGGGAAGCAAUCGCCUGAGGAUUUUGAGCACAUCAUUCGCUCCAUGGCUCAGGGGCGCUACGUGACGCACAUGGAGCUGGUGAAGCCACUGUCUGGAGGUCUGGGCUUCAGCGUGAUUGGCCUGAGGAGCGAAAACCGCGGGGAGCUGGGCAUCUUCGUCCAGGAGAUCCAGCCCGGGAGCGUGGCCCACUGCGAUGGGAAGCUGAAGGAGUCAGACCAGAUCUUGGCCAUCAACGGUCAACCCCUGGACCAGACAGUGACCCACCAGCAGGCCAUAGGCAUCCUGCAGAGAGCGUCUGAGUGCGUGCAGCUCACCAUAGCCAGAGGACCCAUCCCUCAGCUGGCCAGCCCUGUGGUGUCCCGUACCCCCUCCGCUGCCAGCACCCUGUCUGCCCACUCCAGUGCGGCCCACUGGAAUCAUGUGGAGACCAUGGAGCUGGUCAACGACGGGACAGGCCUGGGCUUUGGCAUUGUGGGAGGAAAGACCACCGGUGUCAUUGUCAAAACCAUCCUGCCUGGAGGCAUCGCUGAUCAGGAUGGGCAUCUGCGCAGUGGGGACCACAUCCUCAAGAUUGGGGACACUGACCUAUAUGGCAUGGGAAGUGAGCAGGUGGCUCAGGUCCUGAGGCAGUGUGGUAACCGAGUGAAGUUGGUCAUCACCAGAGGCCCUCCAGAGGAGACCGCCAUCGUCCCAAUGGUGUUGCCCACGGUCACAGAGCAACAGGGAUACGAGGAAGAGGAGGCCGACGCGUUCGACGUUGGGCUGACUAAGAACGCCCAGGGUCUGGGAAUCACCAUCGCCGGCUAUGUGGGGGACAAAAAUUCUGAGCCCUCUGGUAUUUUUGUGAAAAGUAUAACUAAAGACAGUGCGGUAGAGCAAGACGGCCGGAUCCAUGUUGGGGACCAGAUCAUAGCCGUGGACGGUAAUAACAUCCAGGGCUACACCAACCAGCAGGCCGUGGAGGUGUUGAGACACACAAGCCAGACAGUUCACCUGAAGCUGAUCAGGCGAGGCUUCCGUCCAGAGGAUAUCCCACCCGCUGUGGUGCCCAGUGUGAUCGUAGUCUCACCAACCCCAGGUGGCAGAGACACGACACUGGAGAGGACGGAUGUUGUGGACUCCACCACUCAAGAUGAGAAACAGUACCAGGCAUUGAGUGGGGAAUCUGAUGUCACCAACGUGAAGGAUCAGUUAACUGAGAACACCAGAGACGAUGCAAAGCUAACAGAGGAUGAGGAGUUGGAGCUGAAGAAGAAGUGGCAGGAGACUCUCGGCCCCAGCAACGAAGUAGUGGUUGCCCAGGUGGAGAAGUUCAGUGAGAGCAGUGGUCUGGGAAUCAGUCUGGAUGCCAACAGCGGGCACCACUACAUCCGCUCCGUUCUGCCGGAGGGGCCAGUGGGACGCUGUGGGAAACUCUUCAGUGGGGACGAACUGCUCGAAGUSAAUGGAAUAUCCCUGAUUGGUGAMACCCACAAGGAAGUGGUGAGCAUUCUGAAGGAGCUGCCUGUCUGUGUCUACAUGGCRUGCUGUAGGCCCGCCCCUCUCCUGAAGAGUGACAGGGAUUCUGGCCAACCAGGGUUGGAUGAAUUUGCUACUGAACCUAAAAUGAAGAUACAGGGAGACCUCGGCAGUUUCCUGGUUUUCGAAGGUUCUGAGGGGGUGGCGACGAGGGAAAAUGUAACGGAUGAGACACUCGGAGCACCUUUGGCCAUGUGGGAGACGGAGAUACAGGACAUUGAGCUGGAGAAGGGUGAGAGCGGACUGGGAUUCAGCAUCUUGGACUACCAGGACCCAAUGGAUCCUGCCAAGACGGUGAUUGUGAUUCGCUCUCUGGUGUCUGAAGGAGUGGCAGAACAYGAUGGCAGGCUAUUGCCAGGUGACCGGCUCAUGUUCGUCAACAGCACCAACCUGGACAACGCCAGUCUGGAGGACGCUGUCCAGGCAUUGAAGGGGGCUAACAUCGGCAAGGUCCACAUUGGGGUGGCCAAACCACUACCUAUUGACUCCAAUGAGGUAGACCUGACCGACGAGAGGGUGUUGGCGCAUCGCUUCUCUGGCGAGGAGGAUGACACCUUCCAGGCAUCCAUGCUUGCCCUCCAUGGCAGCACCUGCAGCGCUGACCUGUCCUACCAGAUGAUCUUGCAGUCCUCCACACCCAAGCGGAGUGCUCGUCUGGACUUGUUGACCGAACAUCCCUUCGUGACGUUGUCCUGCCUCACAGACGACACUGAACCCUUUUCCCCGGAGGAGAAUCCUAUCGCUUUCCCCCUGCCCAGGAGUAUUGGAAGUCACACCCUAAUGAUUGACAACACACUAGCUAGCUCCGAUCAGUACCUGGCGCAUCAAUUAACCCAUUUGGUGCCGUCGGAUCUGUCGAACUCGUACAGUCCGUACACUGACCCCGAGCCCGGUUUGAAUGAUUUGGGGGAGCCAAUGCAGUCUCUGCGUUUUCCGGUGGAGUCCGCCAUGGCCGUUGCGGACAUAGGGGAGAUGGAAGGCUUAAUGAAGGGGGAUGAGCCAUCUGUAAAGCAGUCCAAAGAGGAAGGGGACAAGAUUAUAACCACUGGAAGUAAUUUUGAAAGGACAAUCACUGUUGUCAAGGGCAACUCCAGUCUCGGAAUGACGGUGAGCGCCGUCAAGGAUGGCUUGGGGAUGCACAUUCGCAGCAUCAUCCACGGAGGCUCCAUCAGCCGAGACGGCCGUCUGGGGGUGGGGGACCUCAUCCUGGCCAUCAACGGCGAGCCCACGGCCAACCUGACCAAUACACAGGCCCGCGCCAUGCUCCGGAGACACUCCCUCAUCGGGCCAGACAUGGGAUCUGCUUGUGCACCAGAGGACGAUCUGUGCCCCUUUUAUGUCAUCACCUAUGUUCCCGUGGAGUAUCUGGAGGAGUACAAGGCCAGCCUGGAGCAGCCUAAAGAUGACAUCUUCUCUGAUGCUCCUCAGGCCCCAAAAAGAGAAAUCCCAGAACUCCCAGAGCGGGAGGAUGGAGAGGGAGAGGAGAGUGAGCUACAGAGUGCCACCUUCAGUAACUGGAACCAGCCCAGGAGGGUGGAGCUCAAAAAAGAAGCUGGCAAGUCCCUUGGCAUCAGCAUCGUGGGGGGCAGAGGAAUGGGCAGUCGCCUCAGCAACGGCGAGGUGAUGCGGGGCAUCUUCAUCAAACACAUCCUGGAGGACAGCCCCGCCAGCCGCAAUGGAACCCUGAAGACUGGAGACAGGGUUGUUGAGGUGGAUGGCGUGGACUUGAGAGAUGCCAGUCACGAGCAGGCUGUGGAGGCCAUCCGCAGGGCAGGAAACCCUGUCGUGUUCCUCGUCCAGAGUAUCAUCCACAGGCCCAGGCCCGAGUCCCACUGUAGCCCUGCUUCGUCACCAGUCAUAGAGAAAUACAGCACCGCUUUAAAAUGCUUGCCUUAUCACGUGUGCCAGGUAAUCUCUUGCUCUGUCUCGCUCUCUCUGUUUAUUUGUAUUGCUUUCUUCCUCUCUCUAUCUCUCUCUAUGCACAUCAGUAGAGUCUGUUGCUUUAUCUCUCCAUCCAGAAGUUUUCAGACUCUCAAGGCGCCCCUACCCUUUCUUCUGCGGCUAAACACCCACCCCGGAUCCAACCCACGACCCACUAAUCAAACCUCUGCCAGCUUAUUAUCUCCUGCCUCUCCGCUUCAGUCCUCAACCACGGACACCAACGAGGAGAGAGCGGCGGCCAUGGCACGGCGCAAUAGUGACAAGCCACUAAAGAGGGAAGCGGGAAAGACAUCYUCCACCACUCCUCACCUCUCCCUUCCCGUGGUUCCCCACGUCGGAGAGACAGACACCGAUACCCUGACAGAGAUUCCCGACAGACAGGCCCAGGCGGAAGACGAGGAUGAGUUUGGCUACAGCUGGAAGAGCAUCAUUCAGCGCUACGGCAGCCUCCCGGGGCUGCUGCACAUGAUUGAGCUGGAGAAGGGGAAGACCGGCCUGGGCCUUAGUCUGGCUGGCAACCGCGACCGCUCUCGCCUGAGCGUGUUUGUGGUCUGGAUCGACCCCUGUGGCGCUGCCAGCAAAGAUGGUCGCAUUGUGGUUGGGGAUGAACUGUUGGAGAUCAACGGGCAGAUUCUGUAUGGGCGGAGUCACCAGAAUGCCUCCUCCAUCAUCAAAAGCGCUCCGUCGAAGGUCAAGAUKAUUUUCAUCAGGAACACAGAUGCUCUGAACCAGAUGGCUGUAGGACCAGUGAGGGAACAUGGAGACACCCUGGAGCCCCAGACAGAGCUAGAAACAUGUACUUCCAUUGUACCCUCGGCGAUCGAUGUCGACGUGUUCAAGUAUGUGCAGCARGUCAUUCUGCCUAAGGAGGAGGGUGGAUUCGGCAUCACUUUCAGUGAGGAAGACCCCAAGAACGGGGUGGUGAUUCAGAGUAUAUCUGAAAAAGGACCAGCAGGAAAGGACGGCAGCAUCAAAUCUGGAGAUAAACUGCUGGCUGUGGAGGAUGAACCAGUGGUGGGCUACACUGUGGAGAGGGUCCACUCUCUACUGGGGAACGCCAAAGGCUCAGUGAAGUUGACAAUCUGCACGAAUGAGUCAUUGCCCCUCCCCCCCUACUAUACUGAUCAGGCCACCAGCAUCCCUAGCAUCUACAUGGCUAACCUGGGCCAGCCUGAGUCAGAGCCAAUCAGGAGCUCAAGUCGCUCGUCCACCCCUGGUACUCUGGCCUCAUCUGACCCUGUGACCUGUCCCAUCAUCCCCGGCUGUGAGACCACCAUAGACAUCUCCAAAGGCCACACGGGCCUGGGCCUCAGCAUCGUGGGGGGCUGUGACACUCUAUUGGGGACCAUCAUCAUUCACGAGGUCUAUGAGGAGGGAGCUGCCUCCAAGGAUGGGAGACUUUGGGCAGGGGAUCAGAUCCUGGAGGUGAAUGGCAUUGACCUGCGCGUGGCCACUCACGACGAAGCUAUCAACGUGCUUCGCCAGACCCCUCAGCGGGUGCGUCUGAGCGUGUUCAGGGACGAGGCUCAGUACAAGGAGGAGGACCUGUGGGAUGCCUURACCGUGGAGCUGAACAAGAAGCCCGGCCAGGGCCUGGGCCUCAGCAUCGUGGGGAGAAGGAACGACACAGGGGUGUUUGUGUCGGACAUAGUGAAAGGGGGCGUGGUGGAGAGUGACGGGAGGCUGAUGCAGGGAGACCAGAUCCUGUCCGUCAACAAGGAGGAUGUCAGAAACGCCACCCAGGAGUCAGUGGCUGCACUGCUGAAGUGUGGUGUGGGACCCAUAGUGAUGGAGGUGGGCAGAUUUAAAGCCGGACCCUUCCACUCUGAGAGAAGGUUCUCACAGAGCAGUCAGAUGAGUGAAACGGGCAGCUGCAAGGUGACCCCUCACUCGCUGUCAGCCUCCUCUGGUAGCCUCCAGAUGGACUGUGACAGCGUACAACAUACAACACUGGACCACCAGCAGAUCAGAAGUGUUGAAUUCACAAAGGGUCUCACUGAUUCAUUGGGCAUCAGUAUUGCGGGUGGAGUGGGCAGUCCCCUGGGCGAUGUGCCUAUCUUCAUCGCCAUGAUGAACCCUACCGGCCUCGCUGCCCAGACACACAAACUCAAGAUCGGUGACAUGAUCGUCAGUAUCUGUGGGACCGCUACUGAGGGUAUGAGCCACAGCCAGGCCGUCACCCUGCUGAAGAAUGCCACCGGCACCAUCGAGCUGCAGGUGGUAGCAGGGGGUGAUACCACCGUGACCGGCCCGUCUCAGGAGCAGACAGCUGCCGGACUCUCACUCUCCAGCCUUACUGCUACUAGCAUCUUCCACGACGACCUGGGACCUCCUCAAUAUAAGACCAUUACCCUGGCCAGGGGCCCAGAUGGCCUGGGCUUCAGCAUUGUUGGUGGCUUCGGAAGCCCACAUGGAGACCUGCCCAUUUAUGUGAAAACCGUGUUUGGAAAGGGAGCAGCYUCAGAGGACGGGCGUCUGAAGCGGGGGGAUCAGAUUAUGGCUGUUAACGGACAGAGUCUGGAGGGGGUCACCCACGAGGAGGCCGUGGGCAUCCUGAAGAGGACCAAGGGAACAAUUGCCCUCACUGUGCUCUCCUAGACACACUCACACCUCACCCUACACGCAUAGACAAAGACUCAUACCUUGGUGUAGACACACACCCUAAUAUACUGUAUAUGUAUUGAAAUGUGAACAACCCCAUUCCUAAACUCUAACAUGCUGACCAAACCGGACGRGRGCACGUUGAUUUUGUUUACCCACAUCAGAAGCGAUCAGGACACACAGGUUGAAAUAUCAAAACAAACUCUGAACCAAUUAUAUUAAUUUGUGGACAGGUCGAAAAGCA